CUGUCAGUCAAAUGAGUCUCAUGGGAUAUUCCAAACUAAGGGUAUGAGAUGCAUUUCUAGGGGAGCUGAAGCAAGGACCAAGGAAAAUAAAAAAGAGAUAAGAGAUGCAAGCAAGAUUGUUCUAGCAUAGAGUCCAAAAAGCGCCCAUUGCCUAUUUGAGGGUGCCUUGAAUAAAGACCAAUCAUGCAAGAUUAGAUUCAAUCUCUCUCACCCCUCCACCUCCCAAUACCAACCAUUCUUUAUUUUUAAUUGCAUACGAUCAACCUCCCUCUCUCUCUCUGCGUGCUCCAUGGACGGAACGCUGUUACCCAGCAGGCCUGCGUUUCCCGGUCCGACAACAAAGACAGCACACCCAACUCCUCAUCAGUUGAAGUUCAAUCCAGCCACUCUUCCUCCCCCUCCUCAGUGUCCAUCUCCUUCCACAUCAUUUCCUAUUGAUUCUCUCCUCCAACAUCUCCUUCACCUCUCUUCACCUCCUAAAAUCACUGCAAAGCCCAAAACGGUCAUCCAUCUCCAGACCAACACCGCCCAAUUCCCUUCCCUAUACAUCUCCUCUGAUGCUCAACAGAAGCUACCAACUUAUCUUAAGAAGCCUACUUCAGUUUCAGUCCCCCAGUUUGAAAGCAAAGGAGAUGUCGAGGUGGGUCAAUCUGUGGAUGCUACGCUUGAAUUUCUCUCUGAAAAGGGUAAGUUCCUAUUGAACUCCAUCAUUAAAUGCCCAGAAUCGAGUUUGCGUUCUUUUCUCAAUUCUGUCAAGUCUGAGGUGCUUGAGGUUGAUAUCGUCAGCCUCCUCAAAGGACUAGAGCUGUUGCGAAAUUGGGAGAAAGCAGUUUCUUUGUUCGAAUGGGUUCUUUCGGAUUCAAUCUACCGGAACAACAAACUAGACAAUCAAGCGAUCGAAGUUAUGGCUCGGGUGCUUGGCAGAGAAUCUCAGCAUUUAAUUGCAUCGAAGCUGUUUGAUUUAAUUCCCAUUGAAGAUUACUCCCUUGAUGUCCGGGCCUACACCACUAUAAUCCACGCAUUUUCUCGUACGGGAAAGUUUGAACGGGCAAUUAACCUGUUUGAGCAGAUGAAGGAGAAGGGUCUGUCUCCAACUCUCGUCACGUACAAUGUCAUGCUUGAUGUGUAUGGGAAGAUGGGUCGUUCUUGGAACAAGAUUUUAGGCCUUUUGGAUGAGAUGAAAAGCAAAGGGCUGGAGUUUGAUGAGUUUACUUGCAGCACUGUUAUAUCCGCUUGUGGAAGGGAAGGUCUGUUGGAGGAAGCAACAAAAUUCUUUAAUGGACUGAAGUCACAGGGUUAUGUACCGGGAACUGUUACUUACAAUUCUUUGCUACAUGUAUUUGGAAAGGCUGGUAUUUACUCUGAAGCCUUGAGCAUAUUGAAGGAAAUGGAAGAAAAAAAUUGCCCACCAGAUUCGAUAACUUACAAUGAGCUUGUGGCAGCUUAUGUGAGAGCAGGAUUUUAUGAAGAAGGUGCUUCUGUCAUAGAUACAAUGACCAGUAAGGGAAUAAUGCCAAAUGCUGUAACAUACACUACUGUAAUUAAUGCCUAUGGAAAAGCUGGGAAAGAGGAUAAGGCUUUGAGCUUGUUCAAACAGAUGAAAACAUCAGGUUGUGUUCCUAAUGUGUGUACCUACAAUGUCAUCCUUGGAAUGCUUGGAAAGAAGUCAAGGUCCGAAGAGAUGGUAGAGAUACUCUGUGAUAUGAAAUCAAAUGGUUGUGUCCCGAAUCGGAUUACAUGGAACACGAUGCUUGCCAUGUGUGGCAAUAAGGGUAUGCAGAAGUAUGUGAACAGAGUAUUUAGGGAAAUGAAGAACUGUGGGUUUGAGCCAGACCGUGAUACAUUUAAUACAUUGAUUAGUGCAUAUGGUCGGUGUGGCUCAGGUGUUGAUGCUUCAAAGAUGUAUAAUGAGAUGACUAAAGCAGGGUUCAGUCCAUGUGUUACGACUUAUAAUGCACUCCUGAAUGCACUCGCUCGAAGAGGUGACUGGAGAGCUGCUGAAUCUGUCACCCUAGACAUGAAAAGCAAGGGUUUCAAGCCUAAUGAAACUUCAUACUCAUUGAUGCUCCAUUGCUAUGCAAAGGGAGGACACACUGAGGGGAUAGAGGCAAUUGAGGAAGAAAUUUAUUAUGGUCAAAUAUUUCCAAGUUGGAUGCUCAUGAGAACUCUCAUUCUUGUGAACUUUAAGUGUAGAUCACUGAUGGGUAUGGAGAAAGCAUUUGAGGUGCUGCAGAAGCAUGGUUACAAACCAGAUUUGGUUGUCUUCAACUCUAUGCUAUCAAUUUAUGCAAAAAACGGCAUGUAUGAUCAGGCCCACGAGAUGCUGCACUUAAUCCGUGAGAAUGGGUUGGAACCAGACCUUGUCACCUACAACAGCUUGAUGGACAUGUAUGCAAGAGCUGGAGAGUGUUGGAAAGCAGAAGAGAUUCUCAGAAAGCUUCAAAGUGCUGGAGGAAAACCAGACCUUGUUUCCUACAACACUGUGAUCAAGGGAUUUUGCAGGCAAGGCCUCAUGCAAGAAGCACUGAGGACACUCUCAGAAAUGACAAAUAAGGGAAUUAGGCCUUGCAUUGUUACCUACAAUACUUUUGUAGCAGGCUAUACAGGGCAAAGAAUGUUUGCAGAACUAAAAGAUGUCAUCAGCUAUAUGAUGCAGCAAGAUUGCAGACCCAAUGAGCUAACCUACAAAAUUGUUGUUGAUGGCUAUUGUAAGUCAAGGAAAUACAAAGAAGCCAUGGACUUUGUUUCAGGAAUUAGAGAGUCUGACCCUUUCUUUGAUGAUGAGUCUGUUCAAAGGUUAGCUGCCCGAAUUCGGGAGAAUAUGGAGUUGUAGAUUGGAUUUAGCAACCAGAGAUUCAUUUUAAAUUCUGGGGUUUCAGGUAUGACCUAUCUUUACAUGUAUUAAUUAAACUCAAGGGGUUGAUAUCUUCUUCAGGUAAUGCAUCUGACAUGCCAGUUGUACAAAAUCAAUUUUUGAGCUGUUAAUGAGAGAAGCAAUCAUAGAUAAAUGUUCUUUUGAUUCUCUUAGUGGCCACCGACUGAUUGCCACAUAAGGCCUGUAUUGAACCUAGAAAGUUUCCAGUCCAAUUUCUAAUAUUGAUCUGAUCAUUAAAUUA